AUGUCUCAUUCGCCUGACCUCUCGGCCUCUCCUCGCUCAGCGGCGCCUCGUCCCAAGACAUAUCCCCAAUUCGUGUUGUUCGGCGACAGCAUCACCCAAGGCGCCAGCCAUGUCUUCGGCGCCUCCUUGACGGACUGGUACAUGAGGCGGGCGGAUGUCCUGAACCGAGGAUUCAGUGGAUAUACAGCCCCUGCCGGCUACGACAAUCUCCUGCAAUUCUUCACCACCGCGCCCCCCUCGUCCAGCGUCCCUCGAAUCCAGCUGAUGACCGUCUUCUUCGGCGCGAACGAUGCUUGCCUUCCAGGGUGCCCCCAGCACGUCCCGAUCGAGAGAUACAAGCAGUCUCUGCGAGAUAUCGUCGAUUAUGAAGGAGUCAAGCUCCAUGACACAAAGAUCAUCUUGAUCGUGCCCGCUCCGGUCGAUGAAUGGCAGAUAGGGGACACCGAGAGAACUGCUGCAACGACAGCCAAGUAUGCGGCCGCCUGUCGAGAAGUAGGGCAAGAGUUGGAUCUACCGACACUGGAUCUCUGGACACUCUUCAUGCUCAAGGCGGGUUGGACGGAGGGCUCCGCAGGUCCAUUGAUCGGAAGCAAGGCCGCAGCAAAGAGCCAGGUCUUGGACGAGUUGUUGUCGGAUGGAUUACACUUCACGGCGGCUGCAUAUCAAUUGGUCUUCGAUGAGCUCGUCAAGCUCAUUCGAGAAAAGCUGCCGGAUCAUGUUCCGGAAAGACUACCUUCUAUAUUUCCAGAUUGGAGGGCAAAGCUGGGUGUCGACAAAUAA